CUGAGUGUAGCAGUGAAACAGUAGAAGAAAGCGGGAGAGUUUUAAAGAUGAGUGCAGUUUAUCUGCUGCUGCUGCUGCUGGUGCUGGGCUGCAGUUUGUUGGAGGGACAGUCAGUCAGGGUGAAUAGCAUCACUCUGAGGGGUUCUGAAGACAGAGGAGACAGAGAGAACGAGAUUCAGGCUGCUGAGAAUCCCACAACUGAAGCUACAACCACAACCUCCACCCAACAAAGCUGCCAGCAGGACAUCCACUCUGUACUGAGAGAGAUGAGCGCUGUGCUGGCAGAGCUGAAAGUUGAACAGAGACACACGACGACUGCAGUGAACAACUUAGAGAGCAGACUGAGAGCCAGUGAGAGUCAAGUGGAGGAGCUGAAGAAGAAGAGUGAAGAGGAACUGAAAAAUCUGAAAAUAUCAUUUAGCAGUGAAGUGGAGAACCUGAAAAAGGAGAAUGAAGUGAGAAAGGUGGUGUUUUCAGCAUCACUUUCAGGAGGAGAAUCUGGUCAUACUGGACCAUACAGCGCUGACUUUACUCUGAUCUACAAACACGUCUUCAUCAACAUCGGAAAAGCUUACAACCCAGCUACAGGAAUUUUCACUGCACCUGUGAGAGGAGUCUACCAGUUCAGAUUUUCUAUUCACGGAGGGGCUGGACGGCAUGUAACAGUGGUCUUUCAUAAGAAUGGACAUCACAUAGCUGGAACACAUGCUUUUCAAUCCGGGGGCUCUGUGAGUUCCUCUAAUGGAGUCUCACUGUUACUGGAGGCAGGAGAUGUUGUCUGUCUAAAGGUUAGAGCUAAUGCAUGGGUAUUCGAUGAUUGGUUUCACCAUACUACGUUUAGUGGUCAAAUGCUGUUUUCUGUUUGAGCAGCUUAUCAAACGAUCAGUGGAAGGAACUUAAGAAACUUGUAUACAGUGGGUACGGAAAGUAUUCACAGCCCUUUCAGUUUUCACUCUUUGUUUCAUUGCAGCAAUUUGCUAAAAUCCAAAAAGUUCAUUGUAUUUCUCAUUAAUGUACACUCAGCACCCAAUUCUAAAAAAAAAACUAAAAUGUAUACAUUUUUGCAAAUUUAUAAAAAAAAAAAAACCUAAAAUAUAUCAUAUGCUGUGACACUCAUAUUUAACUCACAUGCUCCCUAUUACUUCUGAUCCUCCUUGAGAUGGUCCUACCUCUUCAUUGGAGUCCAGCUGUGUUUAACUAAACUGAUUGGACUUGAUUAGGAAAGGCGCAAACCUGUCUAUAUAAGACCUCACAGCUCAUAGAGCAUGUCAAAGCAAAUGAGAAUAAUGAGGUCAGAGACAGAAUUGUGGUGAAUUCUGCAGCACUCAAGGUUCCUAAGAGCACAGUUGCCUCCAUAAUCCUUAAAUGGAAGACGUUUGGGAUGACCAGAACUCUUUCUAGACCUGGCAGUCCAGCCAAACUGAGCAAUCACGGGAGAAGAGCCUUGGUGAGACAGGUAAAGAAGAACCCAAAGACCACUGUGGCUGAGCUCCAGAGAUGCAGUAGGGAGAUGGGAGAAAGUUCCACAAAGUCAACUAUCACUGCAGCAGCCCUCCACCAGUCUCUGUGGCAGAGUGGCUUGACAGAAGCCUCUCCUCAGUGCAAGACACAUAUAAGUCUCCAUAGGGUUUGCCAAAAAUAAGAUUAUCUGGUCUGAUGAGACGAAUAUGGAAUAAUUUGGCAUUUAAUUCUAAGCGGUGGAAAAUGUGUGGAAAAAAAAUCAGGCACUGCUCAUUAUCUGCCCAAAACAAUCCCAACAGUGAAACAUGGUGGUGGCAGCAUCAUGCUAUGAGGGUGUUUUUUAGCUGCCGUGACAGAACGACGUGAAGAAUGCGGCCAAGUACAGAGAUAUCCUGGAAGAAAACCAAUUCCAGACUGGGCCAGGUUCACCUUCCAACAAGACAAUGACCCUACACACAGCUAUAAUAACAAAGCAGUGGCUUCGGAACAACUCUGUGACCAUUCUUGACUGGCCCAAGACUGAACCAACCUGAUUGAACUGGAGAGGAUAUGCGAGGAAGAAUGGCAGAGGAUCCCCAAAUCUAGUUGUGAAAAACUUGUUGCAUGAUUCCCAAGAAGACACAUGGCUGUCUUCUCAAUACUGAGCAAAGGGACUGAAUACUUAUGACCAUGCAAUAUUUCAGUUUUUCUUUUUUAAUUAAUUUGCAAUAUUUUCUACAUUUCUGUUUUUUUUUCUGUCAAGAUGGGGUGCUAAGUGUACAUUAUUAAGAAAUAAAAUGAACUUUUUUGCAAUAAAAAAAAUAGUAAAAAAAAUUAAAGGGGUCUGAAUACUUUCCAUACAUCACUGUACUUUAAGUAUAAUUAGAUAUUUACAUUCCAUAUAAAUAAAACAGCUCUUAAUCCAUACAAGACUUGUGACAAUUCUAUUAGUAUAUAUAUAUAUAUAUAUAUAUAUAACUUGGGAUGUAAGACUUGACAUUGUGGUGGAUUUUAACAAUCAGAAAACACAAAGCUAGAAAAAAAACAUGUGUGCAUGUCUGAUCUAAUCAUGAAAAAAGAA